UUUACGCGCCACUUCGUGUCCAGAGCCAAAGGUCAGAUUAAAAAAGAGGAGACUGUCCAGGUGUUUGAUCCAAUAGAACAGAGGUGGGCGGUAGGUAAAUGAAAACCUGGGUCGGGAAAGACCCGCUCAGCCAAUCAGAGGUUGUCUCCAGCGUUUAAAGGGACGGUGGGCGGUCCCUCGGGCUUUCUGAGGGAUUUUACUUUAGUAUCUUCACGGUUUUUCUCCACAGAGUUUGGGAGCAAUAAGAGAAACGCUUGGACCUCUCCUCGAUGUUUGUCUGUGGAUGCUGCGCUCGUGCCCCCGCCUCACUUGUUGCGCAGACGCUGCGCGCGCCGCUGACGCGUCAGUGAGGAGAGGAGAGGCUGCAACAGGUGCGCGGAGCAUCUCCGGCUCAAGCUAGAGAAUUACUGUCAUUUUUGAAGUCUCAAUACAGCUGGUUUCAUGUUUGGAGUUCGGGUUUAGUUUGUGGAUGCGAGAUUGAAGAGAUCUGACGCGCGUAAAAGACGCAGGAUGCCGGUUCUAUCGAGUCUCGACAGUGCCAGCAAGUUUCGGGAGGACUGGCUGUCGGUGUUCCCGGAGGACCCGUUCACCGACUCUGCCCCGCUGGACGACAGCCUCACCAGUCUGCACUGGCUGCAGAACUUCUCCAUCCUCAGCGCGGACCCGGAGCGCGCUCACGGCGCCGGACCGGGCUGCCCAUCCUCGCAGCAGCACCUCUUCAUGAGGCGCCUCGGCUUCCAGAGAGCCGGGACCGACUCCCCGUCCAGCCCCCCCGCCGGGGACACCGCCGCCGCCGGGAUGCCCCUGUAUCCGGGCAGCCCGGUCACCUCCGGGAGCGCCUCCAGCGCGUCGCCGCGCUUUCCAAGCUGCGCGCACCCGCAGGUGUCCGUCCAGGCUAGCUCGCCGGCUGAGGUGGACUACAAGAGCAACCCCAAAGUCAAGCCUCCCUACUCCUACGCCUCCCUCAUCUGUAUGGCCAUGCAGGCCAGCAAGCAGCCCAAAGUCACUCUGUCCACCAUCUACAACUGGAUCACCGAGAACUUCUGCUACUACAGACACGCGGAGCCCAGCUGGCAGAACUCCAUUCGUCACAACUUGUCCCUCAACAAGUGUUUCAAGAAGGUCCCCCGACAGAAGGACGAGCCGGGGAAGGGGGGCUUCUGGCAGAUCGACCCCCAGUACGCCGACAUGUUUGUCAACGGCAUCUUCAAGCGCCGGAGGAUGUCCGCUAACCACUACAGCAGCACGCAGAGACACAGCCCCCCCAGCACCUGCCCCUACCAAACCGCGGGGGGGAAACGGAAACACCUGCCGCCUAAAAGCGCCGCCAAGCCCGCCAGAGCCACGCAGUCGCCCCUGCUGGCCACGGAGGCCGCAGACAUCCUGAGGGGGGACUUCGACCUGGCGUCGGUGUUUGACGACGUCCUCGGCGGCGGCUGCAGCACCUUCGAGGACUUGGACAUUAACGUGGCGCUGAGCUCUCUGGGGUGCGAGGUGGAGGGGAGGCAGCACCCCGUCGCUAUGGGCAGGUGGUGCGGAGGAGGCGGAGACGUCAUGGGUCAGAGCCAGCUCGUGACCCACCAUCAGCUCUACGGCUACCCGGGCCUCGGCGCCGCCGACUGCGCCGUCGGCAUGGGGGAGCUCCCCCCGCAGCUGCACCCGGAUCAGCUGAUGCACGGCCACCAGCAGCAUUUCGAGGUGCUUUUCUCGGACCAGCCUGCGGAGCUGGCGCUGCAGCCGUGGGAGGAGAUCAAGGAGGAGGCCCAGGCCGUUCCUCUGGACCAGGGCUUCGGCCUGUACGAGGGCUUCUUCAGCGAGAUGCAGCCGUGGGAGCGAGCGGAGAGCUACCCGUGACUUUCUGAUGCACCGAGAGUCUGACCUUUCUGACCCACCGUCAAAUAAAUUUAGUUAUUUUCCCUGGA